AUUAUAGCUCAUAUUAUCGCCGCUGGAAAUGGACGGCACGAAUCCCAAAUCACCAAAUAACGACUCACGCUGUGUAUUCUUUAAUACAGACUCAGACGACUAUCGAUGUAUGGUGAUUUUAAAAGUAAAGCGAGCCACAGGCACCUUCUCACUGAUAGGAUGCUUCUUCAUGCUGUUUGUGAUCUGGUUGCUACGAAGGCAUCACUCCUUGGCCCAGAAGAUGAUUCUCAGCUUGACAGUGGCAGCCUUCUUUGACAGCAUAGCAUAUGUCAUGGGUGAGUCCCAUCCAGAGGGGUCUCUGUGUGACUUCCAGGCCUGGUGGCUGACGUAUUUUGACUGGAGUGCCCUGGCCUGGGUCUGCCUCAUAACGUUUAACCUGUACCUUAACCUGGUCAGAGAGAAGCUCACCAGCAGAUACCACAUGUGGUAUCAUGUGAUCGCGUGGGGAGUGCCUCUGGUGAUGGCGUCUUUGCCUCUGGUCCAGGGAUGCUACGGCCCGGCAGGAGCUUGGUGCUGGAUCACAGACGAUCACGUAGCCUGGAGAUUUGGGAUAUGGUACGUGCCGCUGUUCUGCUCAUCCUGCUGAUGACCUGCUGCUCUGCCCAGGAUCAUCUGCGUGGCCAAUCAGAGGGUG